CUGUGAACUGACGAUCAUUUGGUUUAACGCGGCCACGAUGACGAGCAGCGACUUCGACGUGGAGUUCUUCGAGCGGAAGCUCUACACGUUGAAGGACUCGCAGGAGUCGAUACAAGGACUCUCCGCAUGGUGUCUGGAGAGAAGACAGCAUCACAAGAAGAUCGUCGCCACUUGGCUGCAGGUUUUGAAGAAAGUAAAAGUGGAGCAUCGGCUGACGCUGUUCUACCUAGCGAACGAUGUCAUUCAGUACUCGAAGCGAAAGAACUUCGAAUUCGUGGAGUCGUGGGGCACCACUCUGCAACGCGCCACCACCAUGGUCCGCGACGAGAAGGUCAAGCAUCGCAUACUGAGAAUCUUCAAGAUCUGGGAUCAGCGCCAGAUCUACGACGAGGAGUUCCUCGCCGAUCUGUCCGGCUUGAUCUCGGCAGCGCCAAAAAAGAAGCUGGAGCCGCAACCAGCCGGGCCGCCCGAGGAGUUUCAGGCUGCCCUGCUCAUCUCGACGAUGAGGUCCUGCGCGACUCUGGAGCAAGCGACCGACGCCAGGCUACGAGAUCUACGGGAGAGCAACAUAGACAUAGAGUCUGCGGAAGAGUUGCGCGCGUCGCUGAAGGACAGACGACGCGUGGAGGAUGCGGAGAAGGAAAUAGACCUGGUCGCGAGGAACGUCGAGAACUAUGUCCGUGCAAUAGAGGCGGAACUUCGGGAGAGGAGACAAGUGCUCGAGUUGCUGGAGCAGGCCGAUCAGUUUUAUGAGACCCAACGCGGGGAGGUGAAAAUAGUGACGAAUGCUUAUCGGAAUUUCGGUAGUCGUGUGAAAAAUUUAAAGAAGAAGCUGGACGAGUUGUUACCGACGUUCGUCUCACCAAUACCGUCGCCCGACGUGAACGCGCCGUCGCCAAGUCCUGACAGCGAUAUAGAACUUCCAGGGGACGAAGCCCAAGUGACGAACAACCAGUCAGGACUGAUCGACGUGGCACCGCCGUCUCUCUACGGCUCGUAUCCUCACGAAUAUGAUGCUCUACCCGUACCAGCCCCCGAGAUGGUGCAGGGGAACGAAACGACGGAUUUUACCAAUAACUUUCCAUCCUUCAUGGGAGGAAACGUAGAUUUCAGUAACAUGAGAAACUUGUUCAAUGAAAGGUCUGCGACCCCUCCAGGGAUGUCUCAACAGUACAAUGAAUCUUUAGAAGCGAAACCGAUAGAAGUAAUCAACAUGAGACCGUCGAAGAACGAAAGUAGCAACCCAGAUUUUAAUAUAUCUAGUUUCCUGAAAACGGUCCUCCCGUCCUCCGACGAGACGCCGGAUGCAGGUGGCAUACCCGGGUUAGGCCUGGACGUUUCCGAGAACCGAGUGGAAUCGCCGCAACGGCCCAACUACAGGCAUUCACCUGCGUUGGGCCAGCUUCCCGUCACGCCCGUGAUCUCGAGGAUGGGCAACCAGGGUGGUUUAAAUAACUGUCAAAUGAGUCACAGUACCCCGUUACCGGUUCGCAAUCUGUCCGCCGAGUCGCAUACCCCGUCCCCGUACUCGAGUCAGAACAGUCAGAGUAACGUGACCGGGCCGUUCGACGGUUCCGCGACGGCGAACACGGUGAACCCGUUGCCUCCCCCGCCACUGCCGCCGCCGAUCUUCCUCGACGACGAGAACUGCUACAACAAGUUACCGCCGAAAUUUCCCACGUGGACGCCGCCGAACGAGGGCAUCAAGGAGUCGGCCAAGUGGGAAGAAAAGGCGGAUUUCGCUGUGUGUUUAGGGAAGAACAGCAUGAACCCUACGUGGCCCGGCGAGUGCGACGACAAAAACAAGGGCUCGUGGAUGGACGGCGACGGAGACAGGUGGGAUUCCAAUAACGACGCCACGUGGUCAAGCGGCAGAAAGAACGAGAUACUGUCCGAGACGCCCGAAUCACCGCCCGUCUACGAGAAAGCUGGCUUCGUCGAACCUGUGGAGUACAACGAACCGCAGCCGCAAGAAUCUCUGAAUGCCACAGGAGACGUAGAUCACAGAGUAAUCCCGAUUCCCAUGACUAUCGAGAAUCAGCUGUCGACGUAUCGACUGAUAAAGGCAGCAGCAGACGUGGAUCAUAGAAAUUUGAUUAGUCUGACUGGUAGCCCAGCGAACCACAACAGUCUUGGUGAUUUGUCGCUGUCUUCUUUAUCCAAUAAUAAUAACCUGUGGCCUACCGGCGAUCAGGAUUAUCGACGACACAUGCAACCUGGUGACAUUGUUGAAAGCGUCGACAUGGAGAUGUCGGACGACGAGACCGACAGCAAGCCGAAAGCUCGUGUUCUCGUCGAUUUGAGAUCCCAGGAUCGCGACAUGCGUAUCGGGCCGCCGUCGUCCUCGUCCCACCUCGACAUGGAUAUGCGUAUGAUUUCGCUGCCGAGCGGGCAAAUGCCACGCGGCGGCCAACUCGUGCAGGAUGUACACUUGAUGCGCCCGGGGCCGCCUCCGCCGCUGCCGCCGCAGUUCCAGCACCAGGGCCAGGGCGGUUUCCGGCAGGAGCAACCGGAAUUCUCGCAUCGUAACCAGCCGGUAGAUUUUCAUCCGAAUCAACCGAAUUUUCCGCAGAACAGGCCGCCGCCGAACUUCCUACCGUCGAACCAGCAGGACUUCCAUCCGAAUCAACAGGAGUUCCAUCAGCUGCAACAGCCUCAGGAUUUCCAUCAGUCGCAGCAAGACUUCGAGUAUCACGACAGGGAGCACAACAUGCGACCCAAGCAGGAUUUCUUGACGGAGUCACCGGGACGCGGCAGGUACUCGCAGUCUGCGGAUCACUCGCAUCCGCGCGACGGUGCGUCCUUCCAUAGGAACGAGCGCAGCAAUCGCGGCGGCAACCGCGGUUUCCCGAGGAAUCGCCGGGACAGGUACUCGGACGAUCACAACAUGAAGCAACGGAAUCUGGCCAACAGUCGCAAGCCAAGGUCGCAGGAUCAGCAGCAUCGCCAAUCGUCGCCGGAGGUUCUACCGAACAGCCGACCGUCGUUGUUGCAGCCGCCCGACACGGUCAUCAUCCUUGACGAGGAGGGCAUGCCGAUCGGCAUGCCGGAAUUCGAUCAGGACAACAACGCGCCGGUGACGGAACUGGGUCGUGACAAUUCCGACAAUUGUCCGAACGCCUCGAUGCCGCGCGCGCGCAGAGCAUCGCACGACACGCCGAGUGCCCACGACUCGGAGCGCAAUCAGCAGUCGCAGCAACAAAAGCAGCAGAGUCACUCGCACGGGCCCGCUCACGCCGAUCACGAUCGACGGGCGCCGUCGUCAGCCGAGUCGGAUGACCAGCCGUCGUCGACGCCGACGAAUCAAGUGACGGUUAUCCCGGUAACAGCGGACAGCGUCAGCGGCGAGCAGCAGCAAAACCAGUACGUUCCCAUUUCAGAGUACGAGGAGCACGUGGAGUCGACCGAGCAUUCGACCGGUGGUCUCGCGGAGAAGCCGAGCGCGCUGGACAGCGAGUCCGCGGCCGACGGUGGGCAGCAGGGGAGCUUCGCGGAGAACGAGCGGCUGAGUGAUCCGACGAGCCCCGCCACGUCGGGCAACGGACUGAAAAGGUCGAACGGCGACUUCGACGAACAGGGCCGCGAGGAAGAGAAUCCCGCGAAGAAGCGGGCCCUUUUGCCGAACGGGCCGCAGAUGCCGGGCGUCGACUCGACUCAGGUCGGCCCGAACGGUCCGUCGUACGUCACGGAGAUGCACCCAGCCACGCCGCCGAUCUACGAGUACGACGGGCCGAACUUCCGACCGCGCAUCGGCGCGCCCUUCCCACCCUGGCGGGGCGGGCCUCCUCUCCGCGCGGGCAGAGGCGGGUUCAGGGGCGGACCGUUGCCGCCGCGCGGCCCGUGGAUGGACAGAGGGCCGCCGCGCGGACCCGUGGCCAGCAGUUUCUCGUCGAGAGGGCUGAAACGCGGGGGCGGCCAGUUCCGGGGUGGUGGCGGCGGCUUCAGGGGCCGAGGACGGGGCGGUAGUUGGUAGACUGGUAGACGGAACGCGGAACCAUUGAAUCAUUUCGGCGAAUUUGCGGAUUGUCGUGAUUGGAGAUGUGUUACUUCACGCUUUGUAAAUAAAUGAAUCGUCGCGUUUUGAGAGGGACUCACACACACACACACACACACACACACACACACACACACACACACACAGAGACAACGGGAUCCCAACGAGAUCUUUUUUCAGAAGACUUCUUGCACUCUCUCUCAUGCGCGAUUGAUUUACCUAUAUAAAUAAACUAUAUAAAUAUAUACAUGUAUAAGUGCAUAUACGCAUACAUAUUACAUGUUUCAUUAAGUCUUGUAAAUGUUAUCGAAGCGACUUGCGUACCAUUUUCGAAUCCAGCCAUGAUUCGGAGCGCACGCUUCUAAGAAAGCGGAAACAUCGCUCGGAUAGUCGCUUCGAUAAUGUGUGUAUGCGACCGACCACACACACACACGCGCACACACCAUCGCCCUCAUAGAUUUUCAUGUAAGGAGAAUUUGUGUUGUUUGCGUAUGUGUUCGAGAGAGCACGUCUGUAACGAUAAAUUAGUCGCAAUCGAGUGUCAAGUCGUGGAUAAGACCCAUCCUGGCAUGCGUGGCGAGCGAGAUCGAGCGAAUCGCACACACGAUUGAUAGCGAUUAAUCUGUAGCGGUGAUUGAGACCGAUAUAAUUCCGCUGAAUUCAAAUUCUUGCGUAAUAAAUACGCAAAAAUGGAUCUUGUGUCAUGCUGCGGGAAUUCUUCGAUACUGCAUCAGUCUCGAUUCAGGUCUCGUCAAGCGUGCGCUUUCGUCUCGAUCGCCGUAAUCCAUCCCACGGGUGUUUUGUCAUUUCUCUCCCUUGAUCCAUCUAUAUCUGCAAGAACAAUCACUCGUUUUCCCUACGCGCUUUCUACGUUCUCGUUUGCUGAUUCGAUCGCGAUUCAUUAUGAGGAGAGCAAAAAUGAAAACAAAACAAAAAGUGUAUGAAUAAAAUAUAGUGUUAAUGUUC